AUGGGGCAUAGUACUGUUUACCAGAUCGUACGAGAAACAUGUAAGAUUAUUUCUGAAAAUCUUAUGAACGAAUUGAUGCGUACUCCGACAGAAGAAAUGUGGAAGAAAAUCGCUAAUGAUUUUUUUCGUAUGUGGAAUUUUCCCAACUGUAUAGGAGCUAUGGAUGGGAAACAUGUUACCAUCCAGGCCCCUCCAAAUACUGGAUCGAUGUUCUUUAAUUACAAAAAGACGUUCUCUAUUGUUUUGUUGGCUCUUGUAGACGCUCACUGUAACAUUAUUGCUGUCCAUGUAGGAGCGUACGGAAAGAGUAGUGAUGGGGGAGUUUUUGCUAAUUCAAGUUUAGGCAAAGCACUUCAAAGUGGUUCAUUGAAUGUUCCAGAAAAUUCUACCAUACCUAACACAGAUAUUCAAGUACCCUAUGUUAUUGUAGCUGACGAGGCAUUUCCUCUAAAGAAUUACUUAAUGCGACCUUAUCCAGGAAAUAAUUUGGAUGAUCGAAAGCGUAACUUCAAUUAUCGUUUGAGCCGUGCCAGGAGGAUAUCGGAAAACACAUUCGGUAUUUUGACACAAAAGUUUAGACUUUACAAUAGGCGGAUUCAGGCGUGCCCAAAACACGUAGAUUACAUAAUUUUGGCUACUUGCUUGCUACAUAAUUUUAUAAAAAAAUAUUAUUCGUGUACGUAUAACUACGUAAAUCAGCAAGUGGAUUUCAAAAGUAGGGGUAAUACACUACAAAAUUUACAUUUGCAAGGAGGAAACGCAACUACAGAUGCAUUUCGUACAAGGGAAAUAUUUACGGAAUACUUCAAUUCUGAAGCUGGUUCUCUUACUUGGAUAUGA